AUGGCCAAGGCCUUGCACUGCAGCAGAGUUCCCCGUAUCGAUGAUGCCGACCCGAACAAGACCUCCAUGACCCCCGAAGAAAAACAACACCAGAUGGCCAUGGAUGAGCAAAUGGCCCGGGAAUUGCAACAGUUGCAGGAGGAACAAUCCGAGCUGGAACAGCUCAUCAUAUUGCAAAGGCUAGAGGAGGAGGAACUACAGUUGCAAGAGUUGCUCAAUGAGCAACGUGCUUUGGCAAUAGUCGAGAAGCUGGAAAAGCAAAAUCGAGCCCCAAGCCCGAAAGCUCCCACCGAUGCCCCUCCGAUCGUUCACGCAGCUGGUGAUGCUAGUACUGGCAACCCUGACAAUGCCGAGACCCAGCUGAUGUGGUCUGCUUGUGCUGCCUCGGAAAAGGCAGUCGACUCUAUGGUGUCGAAUGAUGCAGUUCCAAAGGAUGAGGAUGAGGAUGAUAUGGGUGACACAGAUGCAGACUCGUCUGGGGGGACCAAAACCAGGGCGAAGCUCGCCAAGCAGCAGCAAAGUCGUGGUCGCGGCAGAGGGCGCGGCCGAGGGCGGCAGGGAAAAGGAAAAGGAAGGGGAAGGGGCCGUGGUUGUUCCACCAACACGGCAAAGGAAGGGGAUGAUGAGGAUGAACCAGCAAGCCCCCGAGCAUCUUCAAUCAAACGUGGCAACGGCAAUCCUGAGCCUGAGACAAGAAAAAAGAGCAAGGGUCGCAACAACGCGCCAAAGGAAGGCCCUGAGACAAAGGAGGACCCCAGUGAAGGUUCGAGGAAUCCCCCAAAGGAGCCACCACUUGCCAAGAGCAAAGCAAAGAAGAAGGAGGAGAAGCCAACAGCUGCCAAGAGCAAGGCAAAGAAGAAGGAGAAGGAGCCACCUGCGGCUGAGGAGAGCGCCCCGCCCAAGACCCGAUCCAAACGAACGAAGAACGGACCCGAGGAGCCGACCCCAGAGGAACUGGAGAAGCUCAAAAAGUCCCGGAAGUCAUGCGCUUACCAUAAAGCCAAGAAGGAGGCGGAGAAAAAAGGAUUGUCGGCGGAGGAGAUCAAGGAAGCCGCCAGGAAGGUUUUGGUGGCCACCGUCCGAGACUCGUGCUUGAACUUGAGCUUGCUGGCUGCAGCCUUGGAUACGGGCAGAAGCAUCGACAAGAACGGCAAGAGCAUCUUCAGAGGCAAGGCGCAGGAGAUGAAGCAAUCUGGGUUCCUUGGUGGUUUCGAGUUGGCAUCUCUUGCUAUGUUCUAG